GGUAAAAUAAAAUCGUCAUUCUACCAACCCACGCAGCGCAUUAUAAAUAAUAAUCCAUUCUCACAAACCCUAAAAUUUCUUUCCCAUUCUCAAUUGGCCACCGCGAUUCACAGUCUUGGCGGCAAUCGUUGGACGAAUACUCCGAAAAAAUGUCUUUGGUGGCGAAUGAAGAAUUUCAGCACAUUCUGCGUGUGCUGAACACAAACGUCGAUGGGAAGCAGAAAAUCAUGUUCGCAAUGACUUCCAUCAAGGGUAUUGGAAGACGAUUUUCUAACAUUUGCUGUAAAAAGGCUGAUGUUGAUAUGAACAAGAGGGCUGGUGAGUUGAGUGCUGCGGAGUUGGAUAAUUUGAUGACUGUGGUUGCAAAUCCUCGUCAAUUCAAGAUUCCAGAUUGGUUUUUGAAUAGGAAGAAGGAUUACAAGGAUGGAAAGUACUCUCAAGUUGUGUCCAAUGCUCUUGACAUGAAGUUGAGAGAUGAUUUGGAAAGACUCAAGAAAAUCAGAAACCACCGUGGUUUGAGGCACUACUGGGGCCUUCGUGUUCGUGGUCAGCAUACCAAGACUACUGGACGCAGGGGAAAGACUGUCGGUGUCUCAAAGAAGCGUUAAUCUGUAAUGUUUUGGUUUGGAGAUUAGAUGAUUUUGAAGAGGCAUAUUUUAAGCACAUUAGACAUGUUUCCUAUACCAACUAUGUAUGGUUGUUAAAUGCUGACGAUUUCAAUUAGAGUGUUUUGUGUUACAGUUUCUUAUUUGUUUAAUGAUGUUGGUGAUUUUAGACUUCU